AUGGAGGAGCAGCCAGCACGCCCAGACAUGGCUCAAGGCAGCUCCAGCAGCGACUGGGAAGCCACUGCGGCAGGGAGAAGCUUCACCUUGGAGGACUCAGACGACAAUCUGACCAGUCUCCUGUGGCUGAAGGACUUUUCCUUGGCCAACACCGGCUUGGCCAAGUCCUCCUGCUGCCUGGGCGGCCCUGACCCCCCCAGCUCUCAGCGCUGCUCCACUUUGGCUGCCCCGUGCUCAGCCCUGGCUGCUGAGCCCGCCUGCGGGGCUCUGUCCCACUCCCCCUGCCAGCCCAUCUCCUCCUCAGCCUCCAGAACGGUGCUGAGCCCUGAGCUCGCACAGGACACUGGCCACAGGAGCAACCCUUCUGUCAGGCCACCCUACACCUACGCCAGCCUCAUCUGCAUGGCCAUGGAAGCCAGCCAGAAGCCCAGCAUCUCCCUCUCUGACAUCUACAAGUGGAUCAGGGACAACUUCAGCUACUUCCGACACGCUGAUCCCAGCUGGCAGAGCCACACGGCCUGCCCCACAACAGCCCUGCAAGGAACAGAGAGCCUCACCACCACCGACACCUCCUCUGGCACCUACACUUCCAUCCUCAGUGUCAACAGGGAGGUGCAACAGAUGCUCGAAGACUUUGAACAAGCCACCAGCAACGAGUCUCUGACUGCAGCGGAUGGCAAAGCAGGGCAGAAGCGCAAGAAGCCAUCGCCUGCAGGAAUGGCGAAGGUGGCUCGACUUUGCAACCCUGCUCUGCUGAGCCAGGAGCAGCAGCCUGAGCUGGGGGCACUGCAAGGGGACUUGGACUGCGACACCACCUUCAACCCCAUCCCAUGUGAUGACUUGGACAGGGAAACCAGCUUCAACAUUAUUGUGAGCAGUGACUCUGACUCGGAAAGCAGCUUCAUCACCAUCUCGAACCGUGACUCUCCACUUCUGGAGCUCACAGAACCAAACAGCCCCGCAGAACACGAGCCAGAGCUGACGGCACACGGGCACCACAUCCAUCAGCUCCAGGAUGGCCAGGAGCAGCAGCAGCUCCUCACUGAAGCCAGCGUCAACAACCUGGACUUUGAUGAAACCUUCAUGGCCACUUCUUUCCUGCAACAGGAGUUGGACAAAGAGACAAACGACUGUCUCUACUGCACGAAGACAAGGAUGCCUCUGCCAGCAGCUGAGAACGGCCCUUCCAGCUGCCACCCUCGGGCGAUUCUUACGCCUGUGCCCAGAGGUGAUGAUGCUGCGGGGCGGGAGCGGGACCGGGAGCAGCGGCAGCCGCGAGACAGGCGCCGUUUCCCCGCAGCCGCCCCGCGGACUCCACUUCCCGUCAGCGCCCGCGCCUCGCUGUCGCGCAAAGCCGCCGGCGGCAGCCGCGGUGCCUGA